AUGGCAGCCCUCAGCUCAGCCCUGAAGCUGCUGCUGUUUGUACAGCUGCUGGGUCUCCAGGUACUACUCUUUCCAGGCUUGGCUGUGAGUUCCCCUGAAGACUGCAUCUUCCCUGAAACAGCCAACACAUCCAGUAACUUCUCCAUCAAAGCAGAUUCAAACAUUUACAAAACCAACAAAACCUAUACAGUGACUUUUUCUGGGAAUGAAAACCUCUACUCUGUGAUCCUGCAAGCUGUGGACAAGGACAACAAGUCCAUUGGCCAUUGGCAAAAUCCUGAUCACCUAUGCAAUGACUCUGUCCUCUACCAACUGAAGAAUUUCAGUGGUACCAUCUUCCAGGCAAACUGGACAUCCCCUAAUUGCUCAGACAUCAUGGAAGUUGAGAUACGGGCCUUCACCUUCUAUUUCGACUAUGGGGCCACCUUCUCUUCAUUCAAACUGGACAGGAAAGCAUCAACCCCAUCGCUAACCACCCCCAAAAGUGCUGCCAAAAAAGCCUACACCAGUUCAGUCAUUGACAUCAUUCAGCUCCUGUUUGUCUAUUUCACCAGCAAAUUGAUCUCAUAG